AUGCCACUCGAGAGAGCUUCUACUCCUCUCCCAACUCGUUCUAAAAUGGAUCGUCGCAUUGAGCGGCUCGAAAAAGCGAAAGCCUUCGUUGGCCAAAUCCUUGAUGAGAUCACCAACACUAAAGGAGCUUACAAGUUCAUCUCGUUCCUAAGCGUGACUUUCAUGAUUCUCUACAUGUUGAUUGUUGAGCCAGAGUCGUACCAAAUCAAGGCGUUGAAAAGUGAUGCCACUGGAAUGGUGUGCCUUGUGGAACUGGCUUUGGGAUCUACUUGUGUCUCCGCAGUCUAUGGAAUCGUCCAUCGCCGCGCGCUCUUCUUGGCACCACUCCUCUUCUUGCAAAACGUGGUUAUCAUCUACAGCUUCUCCUACUAUUGGUACCCAUAUAUUGCCUUCCAAGAUCGUUAUGCAGUGGAGUCGCUCAAGUACGCUGAAAAAAUCGGGGAAGCUAUUGUUAUCCAUGGCGUCUUGAUCUUCAAUGUCCUUCUCCGUUCCUCUCCAUUGCUCUUCAUGAUGUUUUUCAUGUUCCUCACUGUUAAGACCAUCUACUGCAUUAUGUUCAUCCAGCACGCCAAGAACCAAUACUACCUGCCUUCCUACAACGCCGCUGUCGGUAACAACAGCCAUGUCUGGUCCUCAAUCCGUCGCAAGAUCUCUGCUCGUCAACUUCUGGACAACUCGACCCAAACUCCCGGCAACCGCACCCUCCCGGACCCCGACUUGAUCUGCGAGAUGUCCGCCAAGUUCAGAAACGCUAAAUACCCUCACCCAAAUGAACAAACCCCAGAAGGACAGGAGAUGUGCUAA